GCUGAAAUCCACCGAGGAAGGAAGACGCAACAAACCAGACUUGCAUACGUCCCAAGCUCCCAUCACAACUAGCGCAAGACUGAGCAACCAUGUCUCUCGUGAGGCGCAGCAGCGUGUUCGACCCCUUCUCCCUCGACCUCUGGGACCCCAUCGACAGCGUGUUCCGCUCCGUCGUCCCGGCCACCUCCGACAACGACACCGCCCCCUUCGCCAACGCACGCAUCGACUGGAAGGAGACGCCGGAGUCGCACGUCUUCCAGGCCGACCUCCCCGGCGUCAAGAAGGAGGAGGUGAAGGUGGAGGUCGAGGAGGGCAACGUGCUGGUGAUCAGCGGGCAGCGCAGCAAGGAGAAGGAGGACAAGAACGACAAGUGGCACCGCGUGGAGCGCAGCAGCGGGCAGUUCAUGCGGCGGUUCCGGCUACCGGAGAACGCCAAGGUGGACCAGGUGAAGGCCGGCCUGGAGAAUGGCGUGCUCACCGUCACCGUGCCCAAGGCCGAGGUGAAGAAACCCGAGGUGAAGGCCAUCGAGAUCUCCGGCUAAGCGCCGGCGGAUGAGGUCGAGGGAUCACGGUGGUCGGUGUUGGAAGUCGUGUUUGGUCAGUAGUUCAGUGAUGUGCUUGGGAGGUCUUGCGUGCAUGUAUGGUCAGAUGCUCGUGUGUCGUGGUCGCGUGAGUCUGUCGAUUGCAUGUAUUCCUCUGUGGGUACUUGUGUAAUCGCCUUCUUGGAAUAUAAAUAAAGAGCUUUUCAGGUUGCAAACAGCUUGUAAACAUUUUGAAUUU